AUGCAUACGUCGCACAUGUACCCGGCACAGGCAAACCGGGGGGGACCCUGUAGCGAGUACGAGAAGAAGAACCGAAAGUGUCUUCACACGUUGGUGGUCGCCCUUGCCCUUUGGCACGAGGAGGGUAUGCGAGAUGAAGGGUUGGGUGUCGGGCAGGUAGACGUGGAUGGAGAUAGAACUCCAGACGGAACGCCGCGCACGGCGCAAAAAAUGCUCGACAAGGAUGCACCGGCGUAUCGCAAGGGCUUGGCAAACUGCCUGAACACCAUGUCGGUCUACAAGUUCCCGGAGAACCUCCCUUUCGGCCUGGGACGUCGUGGUGCCACCACGAACGCAAACGCCAGCAUCACUUACACUACAUCUCAGAAGACGUGUUCAGGGUGUGGUCGUGACUUCCCUACGGAGAAUCAGCAUACCGUGGUUGCAACUCGGUUGACAGAGGGGCCAGGCAUGUCGAAAGUGAACGUGCACACAAACGAGUGUGAGACGUGCGGUAUCCACGGAUUGGCCAGUGACAACUGGCGGGAGACUGGUUUGUUCAACUACAACAACAGCUAUCUGGUGGAGCUGUCUGUCCUGUACAGAUGCCUGGAGGCGUUCACCAGGGGUACGACUAUAGGCGCCUUCUUCGAGACGUUUUUAGAACCUUUGGGGAGUGACCUGGUGUGGAUCAAGGCGAACCCUGAUCUCAGCAAAAGGUAA